UUACUCCUUUCACUCCUUUUAAAUUGAAAUCGAUAUCAAAUCUAUUUUUAUUUUUCUAUGUAAUAUUCUAGAAUGGUGGGAUAACAUCGAAGAUCAUUUUCAUGUAAUUUUCAAAUCAGCGUAUGAACAUCCACUGCAGUUGGCCAGCAAUUCGGUUCAAUGUCGACCAUAUUGCCAUACACACGAGUGUAAUAUGCGAGGAAAAUAGAGAAAUAGCGCCGGUAGAAAUAAGAAUUUUGUAUUUUCUGGUGGUAGGGAUAGGGAGCCUUCGGGACAGACUUUCAAGAGAAGAGUUGGAGAUCAACCAAUCUAAUAAUUAAUCAGGAUGUCUGUUCUGCAAGCAAUUGAAGAGAAGCUGUCCAAGAUGCCGGCUCCGAUCCGGCUGAAGGACCUGAUCCGUAACAUCCGUGCUGUCCGGACAGCUGCAGACGAGAGGGCACUUGUCCAGAAAGAGCUUGCCCAGAUCAGGGCGAUGUUCCGUGAUGAGGACAGUACUUACAGGUGUCGCAAUGUAGCCAAGGUUCUGUAUAUACACAUGCUGGGAUAUCCCGCUCAUUUUGGACAGUUGGAAUGUUUAAAAUUGAUAGCGUCACCACGGUAUGCAGACAAGAGGAUAGGAUACUUAGGGGCUAUGUUACUUCUUGAUGAAAGACAUGAUGUUCACUUACUCAUGACAAAUUCAAUGAAAAAUGAUAUGGGCCAUAACACACAGUACAUCGUAGGUCUGUCAUUGAGCUGUUUAGGUAGUAUCUGCUCACCAGAGAUGAGUCGAGAUUUAGCUGGCGAGGUCGAGAAGAUGAUCAAAACGUCAAAUGCAUACAUAAAAAAGAAGGCUGUGCUAUGUGCUGUACGGAUUGUGAGAAAAGUCCCAGAACUGAUGGAGAUGUUCAUUCCUUCUGUUCGCUCCCUACUAAAUGAUAAAAAUCAUGGUGUGCAACUGACAGCUGUAGUGCUGAUUACAGAGAUGUGCGAGAGGAGCCAUGAUGUACUAGUUCACUUCAAAAAGUUGGAGCUUGUGCCAAACCUUGUACGGAUACUCAAGAAUCUAGUCAUGUCAGGCUACUCACCGGAACAUGAUGUCUCUGGCGUUAGUGAUCCAUUUCUUCAGGUGAAGAUCCUUCGGUUGUUACGGAUCCUUGGCCACCAUGAUGCAGACUGCAGCGAUGCCAUGAACGACAUCCUGGCCCAGGUGGCUACCAACACAGAGACCAGUAAGAAUGUUGGCAAUGCAAUCCUCUACGAGACUGUCCUCUGCAUCAUGGAUAUCAAAUCGGAGAGCGGUCUGAGGGUACUGGCAAUCAACAUCCUUGGAAGGUUCCUUCUAAACACAGACAAGAAUAUCAGGUAUGUAGCUCUCAAUACACUCCUGAAGACUGUGCAAGCUGAUAACAAUGCAGUGCAGAGGCAUAGAAGUACUAUAGUGGACUGUUUAAAAGAUCCAGAUGUAUCAAUUCAAAGGAGAGCAGUGGAGCUAUCGUUUGCACUCAUCAAUUCAUCCAACAUUAGAACAAUGGUGAAGGAAUUAAUCUUCUUCUUAGACAGGGCUGAUCCUGAGUUCAAGUCGUACACAUCUUCAAACAUCUUCCUCUCAUGUGAAAGGUACUCUCCAAACAAGAGGUGGCACAUAGACACCAUGAUGCGUGUCCUGUCGGCAGCUGGUAACAACGUCCCCGACGAGUCGGUAGCUAGUCUUAUCCAGAUGAUCUCAGACACGUCGUCGCUCCAUGCCUACACUGUACAGCAACUCUUCAAAGCAGUCAAAGAGGACAUCAGUCAGCAACCGUUGGCGCAGGUGUCUGCUUGGUGCAUUGGAGAGUACGGGGACCUGCUAGUAGCGGGCGUGGUAGACGAAGAGGAGCCCAUCCAGGUACGUACCUUCUACCUAUCUGAGCUCAGCGUUGAUCAACUCAAAUCACCACCGUCCUAUGAUCCAGGCCUCACAGAGCCAUUGGAGGUAUCAGAAGAUGAUGUCUUGGAUUUAUUAGAGUCAAUGAUCCAGACGACAACGUCAACACAAAUCACCAAGGAAUAUGUACUCCUAGCCAUCCUUGGUACCAAACUCAGUGUUCGCUUCUCAGAGACAAAUGAGAGGAUAGAAAAGAUAGUGAAACCUUACACUCAGUCCUUGGAUAUGGAGUUACAACAGAGAUCAGUAGAAUUCAUGUCACUCACAAAAUCUCAUAAAAAUAUAGCAGGGCCAUUAUUAGAAAGAAUGCCUCCCAUGAGCAAAGAGAAGAGAGAAGGUCAGACACAGAACAACGGUGAAAUGCUUGAGGAUGAGCAGCUAGAUAGGACGGGACCUAGCCUUGCACCAACGCAUGAUGAGGGUUCAAGUCUUGUCGACCUAUUAGGAGGCGGUCCCAGCUCGCCAAUCAUCACAAACUCCCUGCCCCAGCAACCUACCAAGCCUGUGGAACCGGUCGGUAACAACACGGACGGGCUCCUGGAUCUCCUAGGGGGUCUGGACCUGAGCGCACCUGUUCCCUCCGGACCACCUCCCGUCCAGCCCACGCCUAACCCUAUCAUGAAUCUCAUGGAUGGCAUGGGAUCCAUGCAGACCGUUCCUCCUGCAUCCGUACCCCCUGCACUGGGCAUCAACAGUCUCCUAGGCGGUCCUGUUAAUAAUAUUGGUGGCUCAUCAUUCCCCACUGUAACAGCAGUUGAAACCCGUGGUCUGAAGGUGGAGUUUUCUUUUGAGAAAGAAAGCGGGUCUGGGGCGGUAAACAUCAACCUCAAAGCAACUAAUGGCACCACGUCUUCAUUUAAUGCCUUCUUGUUCCAAGCUGCUGUACCAAAGACGUUUGAGCUCCAGAUGCUGCCCCCGUCCGGAGACACCAUCCCGCCUAACAACUCCGGUGCCGUCACCCAAACGAUAAAGGUCGUCAACAGGACCCCCGGGGCGGUCCUGCGCAUGAAGUACAAACUCUCCUUCAAUGCCGAUGGAGUACCUGUGAAUGAGACGGGAGAAGCUGCCAACCUGCCAACCAACCUCUUCACGUGAUAGCGGCAGCAAACUUCACCCCUCAAAAUUAUUUUUGCCCCCCUUAUGUUUUGUUAUAGUCUAUGUAUGUGUUUAAUCUAUUGUAUCAAAAGAGAAAAGAUUUAAUCCUUUUCUUUAUUAUGAUAAUGAUUUUGCAAUGAAGUCCUAUGUCAUGAUCUCAAGGGGUAUAAGCCGCUGAGAGAGAAAGAUCACUUUGUAUACACUCAAUAUAGCACAAGAUUAGAAUAUAAAGUCUUUAGAUGAUAAAAAUUGGAAUGAUGUGGGCACAUAAGAAGCUUCCCUCUAGGUAUCAUUAGUCUAUUUUAAAAGGUUAUUCGAAUAAAGAAAGUUGGAUAUAGAGAAGGAGAAUUUGAGAUGGGGAAAAUU